AUGCCAUGGCAGAGUGUAAGGAACAGUGUCUGUCAAUUUGCAUGUUGUUUCUACAAAGAGAUUUCUUCUCGUGAAAACAGUCGGAAUGUUUUCUUCUCUCCUUUGAGCAUCUCUACUGCCUUUGCAAUGCUGACUCUGGGUGCCAGGUCAGACACCCUGACACAGAUUCUUAGGGUCCUUAGCUUUAACCCACGUCAGAUUUCUGAAAAUGAAAUACAUGAAGGUUAUCGUCAACUCAUGCAAAUGGUAAACAGAAAGAAUGGGGGGUUACAGCUGAACAUGGGAAAUGUUCUGUUUGUGCUUGACCGACUGAAGCCACAAGAUAAAUUUUUAAAUAAUCUCAGAAACUUCUAUGAAGGAGAAGCUUAUCCUAUGAACUUCAAGAAGGCUGAUCAAGCUCAGCAAAGGAUCAAUCAAUAUGUAGCAGAAAGAACAAAUGGGAAAAUCAAGGACCUCGUAAAUAACCUUGAUCCACUUACUGAAAUUCUUCUUAUUAGCUAUAUUUAUUUUAACGCUGAAUGGGAAAAACCUUUUGAUCCAAAAUACACUAAAAGGAGCAAAUUCUUUGUGGAUGGGAACAAGGCUGUUGAAGUCCCGAUGAUGUUUGGAAUGGGCCUGUUCAAGCAUGGCUAUGAUGAGCAGCUGUCUUCUACUGUGGUGCAAAUGGAUUACAAAGGAGGUGCUUCAGCAUUUUUUAUUCUGCCUGAUCAAGGAAGAAUGAGGAAGCUGGAUAAAAGAUUGUCUUGUGAACGUAUGUCAAGGUGGAGGACAUUAGUCACAAAAAGCUCAGUAAAUUUGUAUCUUCCAAAAUUCACUCUUUAUGGGACAUAUGACCUGAAAGAGAUCUUAUAUAGAAUGGGCAUUAUGGAUUUAUUCACUGAUAAGGCUGACCUGUCUGGGAUCACUGGGCAGCCCCAGCACAGGAUUUCCCAGGCUAUUCAUAAGGCUGUGAUAAAGGUGGAUGAGACUGGUACCGAAGCAGCAGCUGCCACAGGCAUGGAGAUUGUGCCUAUGUCUGUUCCAGCUACCAUUAGAUUCAACAGGCCCUUCUUAAUGGUCAUAACUUUGGAGAACAAUAUACUCUUCAUGGGGAAAAUUGUGAACCCUCUGAAAAAAGAUUAA